AUGUACCCAACUCCCAACACAAACCUCCUCACCCUCACCCUCCUCCUCACAACCUCCCUCGCUUCCCCUCUCAUCGAAAAACGUGCACCCCCCAUCUCUAUGGGCCUCGCCCGAACCUUCGGCGCCCUCGCAGCCAGCACCCUCACCAGCGUCGGCAACACAGUGGUAACAGGCGAUUGCGGAACCUACCCAGGAACAUCCAUCACCGGCUUCCCUCCAGGACCAGGAGUCUGCACAGGCAUAACCACAUCUGGGGGAACCGCGUCUAUGAACGCCGAAGCCUCCUGUCUCCUGGCCUACAACAACGCCAAAGGCCUUGUGCCCACCCGAGCCCUCACAUCCGCCAACCUAGGUGGACUCGUCCUCCCACCAGGAAUAUAUACAUUCCCCACUCAAGCCGCUGCUCUCAGCGCCGGGUCUACUCUGACACUUUCUGGAGCAGGGAAUCCUAAUGGACAGUGGGUAUUCCAAAUCGGCACGACCUUUGCGGCCGGUGCGAACUCGAGGAUUGUUAUGAGUAAUGGAGGUCAAGCGUGUAAUGUAUACUUCGUGCUUGGUACGGCGGCGAGCAUUGGUGCGAACGCGAGUCUUCAGGGGAAUAUACUUGCGGGGAUGACAAUUGCUGCUAGUGCUGGGGCUAGUGGGAGUGGGACUUGGUGUUCUAAGAAUGCGGCUGUUACGCUUAUCAACAACAAGCUUGCGGCUUUGUCGACUUGUACUUCUGUUUAG